UAACUUUUUAAAUUCCAAGCUUUUAUUCUUUUCCAAGAAUCUUCGACACUCUAUAUAAACACUCCAUUCUUCAUCUCUCACAUUUGUUAAAGCAAAAAACCCAUUAAAAAAAUAUAAUGAGGAAGAAAUCAAACUCAAAUCCGAACGACGACGUUCCGCUCAUCGGUUCAUCAGUAAUUCCCUUAAUCAAUAAACUUCAAGACAUCUUCUCACCACUCGGCGACAUCGAUAAUCGUCUUACCGGUCUCCGACUACCGCAAGUGGCGGUGAUUGGUAGUCAGAGUAGCGGUAAGUCGAGUGUACUUGAAGCGUUAGUUGGCCGUGAUUUUCUACCACGUGGUUGUGAUAUUUGUACGCGUAGACCGUUAGUUCUUCAGCUUGAGAAGUGUUGUGAUGAUGGGAUUGGUAAUGAGAGUUUUGAAUGGGGCGAGUUUGGUCACCUUCCGGACAAACGGUUCUACGAUUUCGAUGCUGUUCGCCGCGAAAUUCUGGCUGAAACAGAAAAAGAAGUGGGAGUUAACAAGGGUGUUUCGGAUAAACAAAUUCGGUUAAAAAUCUGUUCUCCCAAUGUUCUCAAUAUAACUCUUGUUGAUCUACCUGGAAUUACUAAAGUUCCUGUGGGCGACCAACCUAGUGAUAUUGAAGCAAGGAUAAGAAAUAUGAUAAUGUCCUAUAUAAAACAAGAAACUUCAAUCAUAUUGGCUGUUUCUCCUGCAAAUGCAGAUUUGGCUAAUUCUGAUGCACUACAAAUGGCUAAAGAGGUAGAUCCAACUGGUACACGUACAAUUGGUGUAAUAACUAAGCUAGAUAUAAUGGAUAAGGGUACUGAUGCGAGAAAUUUUCUGCUUGGAAAAGUUAUUCCACUUCGUUUAGGUUAUAUCGGUGUUGUCAACCGCAGUCAAGAGGAUAUUAACAACAAUCGUUCUAUCAGACAAGCACUUGCUCAUGAGGAGCAAUUCUUCCGGGAUCAUCAUGUAUACCGUGGCUUAUCUGAUCGAUGUGGAAUCCCGCAGUUGGCAAAGAAGCUAAAUCAGAUUCUGGAGCAGCAUAUUCGAAAUGUUCUUCCCACUUUGAAGACCGAUUUAACAUCUCAUUUGGUUGCUGUUGAAAAAGAGUUGCGUUCUUAUGGAGAGGCGUUGGAAUCAAAAGGAGAAAGGGGAGCAAUGCUGUUGAAUAUUCUGACAAAAUACUCUGAAGCAUUUUCUGCAGAGGUGGAUGGUAAAAGUCAGGCAAUGACAACUAAAGAAUUGUCAGGGGGAGCACGGAUUCACCACAUAUUCCAGUCAAUUUUUGUAAAGAGCUUGGAGGAAGUUGAUCCUUGUGAUGAUCUAAGUGACGAGGACAUAAGAAUAGCAAUCCACAAUGCAACUGGUCCAAGAAAUGCGCUAUUUGUGCCAGAGGUCCCAUUUGAAGUUUUGGUUAGGCGGCAAAUAGCUAGGCUGCUAGAUCCCAGCCUUCAGUGCUUGCGGUUCGUCUAUGAUGAGCUUAUAAAGAUUAGUCGUGCUUGUGAAUCAGUUGAAAUGCGGCGCUUUUCAGAGUUAAGAAGCCGACUAGAGGAUGUCACUGCAAGGUUUCUACGAGAUAGUGUAAAACCUGCUGAAAGAAUGAUAAUAAAUCUUAUUGAUAUGGAGAUGGAUUAUAUAAAUUCCUCGCAUCCCAAUUUUAUUGGUGGGACAAAGGCGGUUGAUAUGGCGCAAAGCGAAUUGAAGGCUAUACAGGAAGGAAAUGAUGCUGAUAAGGUUCCAGCAUCAAUGAGCCACAAGUCCAUAGCAACUGUAGCCAAAUUUCUGAAUGGUGCUUUACCUAGCCAGGUGGGUCGACCUCAAUCUGACAAUGAUAGAGUCGCAGCAGCAGGUGUCUCGACCACAAGGACAUGGGGUGUUACUUCCCUUUUUGGAAUCCGAGGAUCAUCUGUAGGGAAUUCAUCUAAGAGACAUGCUGCUGAAGUGAUCAAUGAUAUUGAUCAGGCACCCCCUGUAAUACAAUUGAAAAAUCCACCAUCGGUCUUGAGGCCUGGAGAGGCUGAAACAGAGUAUCAAGUGGAGAUCAUAGUGACGAAACUACUUAUAACAUCUUACUAUGAUAUUGUGCGGAGGAAUAUACAGGAUUUAGUUCCAAAAGCUAUCAUGCAUUAUCUGGUCAAUCAUGCUAAGAGAAACCUUCUUGGCACAUUCAUAGAGAAAUUGUACCGGGAGAACCUAUUUGAAGAUUUGUUACGAGAGCAGGAUGAUGUUGUCACUCAAAGGCGGGUCACUACUGAGAUGUGCCAUGCUCUGCGACAAGCUGUCGAGACACUCGAUGAGUUCGUUGCUGAUGUUUCUACCCUAAGUUCAAGCGACAGUAUGGAUGCAUUGCCAAAACGUUCUUACCUUUCGUCAAAUUCAUACUCAAAACCAAGCGCUUGAACUUUAGGUAAUCCAAUUCAUAUACACAACUCCAUGAAUGAGUACAGUUUUGCCUCUUGAUGUAUUGAUCGAUCGGUUGUUCAUUGAGGAUAACCUGGUGGAAUUAUUUAAGUAUAUGAACUGUAUAGUAAUCUGUUUUGAGUUAGUAGAUGUAUUUUAUAGCAUAUUAUUAUUCCAAUGAAAAAAUUGAUUGCAUCCUGAGCAGGUUCAUCCCACACUCCUCAAUGAGAUAUUGAUUAUUGGUUUACACAUCAAAAUUAUAUAAUGCUUUCUGAUUUGUGCUUUCUGCGAAAUAAAUCGCCGCUGAUGUUUGCACCUAACUAAUGAAUGCGAAACAUUUUUUUCAUAUAACUGUAACUAACUGCUAAUGUUAAAUUUCUGUUUAGUAUAAACGUCUGGUGCGAGUAACUACUUUGGAAUCUACAUUUCAUUUAAAGAGUUUAAUUCUUCAAAACCUUUAGUUUA